GUUCUUUGUUGCUAAGUACCUGAGUAGCUUUAUUGGUACUAGUUCUUUGAUCGAAUUGUGGAAUACAGGGGAUAUUUAGUUCCGCCUGCCAAAGAUCCACUUCGGUGAUCCUCCGGCGUCCGGGUCUUAGCUAAGCACCCACCUCUUGUUGAUAUAAACAGCCGAUGUCAUGGUUACAUUGAUAAAAUCGAUGAAAUCACUUGAUACCCGAGACUUUAAGUGCGAAAACCUCCCAAGAUUAGGAACACCUCUUUUUUCAUUCCGGGUCCUUAUUCUGUUAUGCGUAAAGUCGGAUUCAAACCCUCUCAAUUUCAUUAAUACUAAGUAUCUAGGUACCUAGUAAACUGUUAGGAUUGAUCAUGGCCCUCAUUCAAGACUGGCUCCCCGCGAGUCAAGAAAAUUACGAGAAAAUACUGUUCUGGUGGCAGUUCUACCCACUGAUAGGAUCAAUCCAAUGGAUCAACUCGUGGUACGGUAUGGGAAAGACCUCAGUUCAAAGUAAACUUAAUAUCCCCGGAAGAAUCGCUUGGAUGACGAUGGAAGUUCCUGGCUUCACCACUCUGUUGUACAUUAUGAGCACCCUUCCAGCCCAGCACGGCAUCACCGACCUGCCGUGGCAAAACAAGGUUCUCGCUGGCCUGUUCGUUAUCCAUUACACCUAUCGCGCCGUCAUAUUCCCUAUCAUCCAGCCAUCCAUGUCUCCUAUACAUGUGCUCGUCUGGGCCAAUGCCAUCCUUUUCCAACUAUCCAAUGCUACCUGCAUAGGCAGCUGGCUUGCAGCCUACGGGCCAACUACCCAGGCAGAGUGGAAGGCCCAGAACUGGUCCGUCCUUCAAUUCUCUAUUGGCCUUGUCCUUUUUUAUGUCGGACUUACCGCCAAUUACUUCUCCGACGAGGAAUUACGAGAGAUACGUCGAGGCCAGCUACGGCGUCAGGCGAAACUGAAGCAGCAGGGGAAGACAGUUGACAAGCACUACGAAGUGCCCCAAAACGGGCUGUUCAAGUACAUGCUUUACCCUCACUACUUCAUGGAAUGGGUCGAGUGGUUCGGAUACUGGGUUGCUGCCGGUGUUGCUUGCGCCCCCGCGAGAUCAUUCUUGAUUAACGAAUUCUUCGCCAUGCUACCCCGCGCCGUGUCCGGCGGAAAGUGGUAUAAGGAGAAGUUUGGGGAGGACAAAAUCAAAGGCAAAUACAUUAUUAUCCCUGGUAUCUACUAGUUACCUAGGUACCUAGGUAUUGAUAAUGUUCCGAGCUCUCCAGCUUGGAUCAUAUAUUGGUCCC